UAGAAGAAGAAAUAUAUUUCGGAUAGAACUGAGAGGAAUCGAGAUUAUUUGAUAAGUUAUUAAAUAGUAUGUGAAUUCAUGGGAUUAUUAUUCAAGUUCAUUCUUUGACGGGAUCACUAUUUCACUAUAUCGGAUUAAAAUACUUUAUUGUGUUUUCCCAUGAAGGCUGCGAUAUUCAGAGAAAGUCCUGCGACCAGAUAAUUGAUUCUCUAGAUUUGCAGACGAUAAAUGGAUUGGUAUGUUUGGAUUCUUGCACUGAGUUUGUAUUCCAUAGGAUAUAGUUCCCAGUGUAAUUGUGAGUUACAUGAUUGUUUGCAAGGCGUAUGUCGACGCGGUGCACCCUGUAGGAAACCGUACUUUGGGUAUCAUUGUCAAUACCUUAAUGAGGCGGCUGAUAUGCACGCCAACAGAAAUUUAAAGUUUGCUACAGACCACGACAGCCAGACCUGCAGCGACGGCUCCUUCAGCCAGCUCAUGUUCGAUUUUGAUGACCAACACAUUUUCAGCUUUGCAGAAAUUGUGUUCAAGGAUUUACCACUGUCUUACGCCCACAAGAAAUACGACCUUCACCUACAAUUCCUGGUGAAUAACGAUGAGGCGAAUUGUGACGGCAUGCAGAUACGAGAGGUGGAUAGCAAGACGGCAAUAAUACUUUGCUCCAAAAAAUACCUAACGUCAAGGAUAACUUUGGAAGGUUCAUGCCUAGAAUACAUUUGUGAAUUCUAUAUUAGCGGAGGCCGUAACCUUGCCAAGGAUAGAGAAUUUAAAUCGAGCCCCGUCAGUAGAUUAGCAGCUAAGGUGAUCGAUGGGGACUAUACGACGUGUUAUACUCUAAAAUCUGUUGAAGGUUAUCCUUUCUUUUCGGUCCAGAUACCGUUCAACGUGUUCACGCAAAGACUGAAGGUUCACACAGCCUCAAAUGGUGUUUUCAACCAAAUGAUUCUAAGAUUCCUUGACCAGACAGGCCGCGAGAUGAGGCCUUCACACACAAUCGCAAAUUUUAAGGGGAAAAUUAUGACUGUGUAUGAUAUUAUUUUGGAUGAUACUAUCCCAGCACACACAUACAUGUUGACCAGAUAUAAUAUAAGUUCGGCUAUAAGUUUCUGUGAAUUGGAAAUAUUUGGAGACUGUCUCGAAGGUUAUUAUGGGCUAGCCUGUGAUGCCGUGUCAUUUAACUGUGUGAACAAGACAAAUGGAAUAGACGGCACGUGUUACGUGACGACACAAGACUAUCCUGUGAUGAGAAAACCCUGUCAGGGUUGUCCUCAGAAGUGUAAUCAUGUUGGUCUGUGUUCAGUCAGCUGCACCAAGGGUUACAAAGGACCCGCGUGUAAUGAAAUUUGCCGGGAUUGUAAUAAUGAGGACCCUUCAUGUGACAAAGUGACCGGACAAUGUGAUGACUGCUUACCUGGAUGGUACGGUGCGAGCUGUCAAUUAACUUGUCCAAACUGCGGCAACACGGGCACGUGUGAUAAGCAUACUGGGCAUUGCAACUGGGCUUGUAAGCCGGGAUACCUGGGAGAAAUGUGUGACGAUGAGUGUACCAACUGCGCUGGAGAUGGCAGCUGUCUACGCAACGCUUACUGUGUUCACGGCUGCAGCGACGGAUUCAGGGGAGACAACUGUAUUUUAGUGUGUCAUAACUGUGCUGGUCGUGGAACUUGUGAGAGAUUCGAAGGGAAAUGUCACGAAGGCUGCAGUGAUGGUUUCCAGGGAAAUGAUUGCAGCAACAAGUGUGGAAAUUGCAAAGCUGGUACCACUUGUAAUCGAUUUGACGGAAGCUGUGCAGAUGGUUGUCAAAAAGGCUGGAAAGGAGUCAGGUGUGAUGUCAGCUGCGAAAACUGUAUUAAUGGAACCUGCGCCCAAGAAGAUGGCAAGUGCUUACUAGGCUGUAAAGUGGGAUUUACUGGCUGGGACUGUGAGACACACUGCUCGAACUGUAUUGAAGAAGACCAGUCAUGUGACCAAAAGACCAGGUUUUGUUUAUUUGGAUGUCGACCUGGCUAUUAUGAAGACGACUGCUCCAAUCUUUGUGAAACUUGUGGAGGCACUGGGGAAUGCGGUAGAAAGAGAGGGGAGUGUCUCGACGGAUGCAAGGAAGGAUUCCGUGGACCACUGUGUAGAGAGUACGAAGGGGAGGAGUUUGAAAGUAGCACUGAGAUCAUUUUCUACGCCCUCUUCAUCAUUUUCGUCUUCGGCAUGGCUUUCUACAUCGUCUGCUAUCCUCGACUGAUUAAGUCUAAAGCCGGGAAACAUCGGCACCAUCGGCGUCAUCAUAAUGAAAAUCGAUCUGAUAGCCAAUUGGAAAGCUCUUUGGUAGCAAGUACUCAAGUGAGUCUGCAAUAGAAGAGACAGUAUGAGGACAUCACGUGACCUUAAGAGCGGACAUCACGUGACCUUAAGAGCCUAAAUGAACCGAAUCCAGGUCUGACGCAUCUUUUUUUUGUAUCAGGAAGGUUCUCACGUCACUGCCACUGCUUCGACACAAAAGAUCAAACGGAGAUGUGGCCAAUAUAUUUGUGUUCAUUUUAUGAUGUUUUUUUUUUGUUGAUUAAACUAUUUUAAUAUGAUAACAGUAUUUAUAGAUCCAUGAUGCCAUCUAAGAAAAAAAAAAUUGUUAAUCAUAAUUUUAAAUUAUUUUAUAUUAUUGUUUUCUGUUGAUUAUUUAUUAAUUUGUUUGAUUAAAAACUAUCUAAUAUAUAAGUUGAAGCUGUAUGAGAAUGUUGUUUUCUAUGUAGUAA